AUGUCCACUUCCAACGAUUUAACCACAACAGCUCUUGAAGCUUUUCGUUCAAUGAUCUCGGCAAGCGCAGCUACUUCCAUGACAACGGCUUUGGAGAAAGAAGAAGCCAAGAAAAGCGAUGGUGAACAGAUUACGGACGACGACGUUAAGAAUGUCAAAAGCUCGGUCGCCGUGAAGAAUGCAUGUAAAAAGGCAAAGGAUCAACUUGAAGGCGAGAGAAAACGUGUACCUAAAGGAUUGUAUGAUAUGAUGGAUGAACUCCGUGGGCAACCUAAAAGCGCUACCAGGAAGGAGAUUGAUCGCAAAAGGAGUCUCAGGGGCCCUAUCUUGGAGGCGCUUGGAAAAGUGGAUGUCCACUCAGUGUUCAUGGAGGCUAUUGAGAGGUUCAGCAUCAACGAUUGGAAUGAAUUCAUCCCCAAGGACUCUAAGCGUGAUAUCCGUUAUCGAACCGCGUCUUGUCCAUUUAAUAGCAUUAUCAAAAAAGAUAUCGCAAACAGGGCGGAUAUCCUCUCCCGACUACAGACAGCUGCCAUUGAUUGCACAGACUUGUACAGCAACAUGUGCACAAUCGUUUACAUCAACAUGUUGAGAUACGCGGUUUUGGAUGAAAACGCAACACGCAUUUCGAUUAACGAGUUGGUACCAAGAGGGCUCGACAAAUCGAUGUUCGACCAAGAUGAUGUCAAGGUGACGACAUAUCCAGAGUCUCCACAAGCCGACACCAAGUUGAUAUUCACGCACCAGCAUCUUCAUUAUCUGUAUUCCAACCAUUUCAAAAUGGGAUCUCGGGAAAGCACGCAUACCAAUUACCCCAUAUGGCAGACCAUAAUGGGUGAAGUCACCAAGGAGCAAAGUAGUACCAUGUCAUAUACAGCACAUGAGGUGAUUCAGCGACUAGCGACAAAUCUAUCUAAUAUGUAUGAAGAUGGGAAGUUGAUUCGUCGAUUGCUCGACAAUCUACUCAAGGUGUUGUUGGAUAUACAUUUGCAUGCAAGUGAUAACGACGACAUCGACAUCACCAAUCUCGCCAUUGAAGCUCCUCUUCAAGUUCAUGAAGACACGGCAAUACCUGUAGCAUUCGAUGAUCUUGACACCGCUCACGUUUUUACCACAACAUCGUCGACGUUGAUGGUGCCAGUCGUACCAUCGUCGAUGUUGGUGCCAGCCGAAGAACAAGGCGUUGCUGUACCUGAGCCUAUAUCAGCCAAAGACGAGAUGGGUGUAGCGUUUUUGGAAUGUCCUCAAGAAGAUCAAAAAGCUGGACCUGAAUCUUCCCCAACAUCACGACGAUUCCAAAGACAACGCAUACGUGACACGUUACGCAUGAAGAAGAGAGAGCAAUCGAAACUGGAGAAGUUGGUUAGUCCCUCUGACAGUCAAAUGAAACGUCUGAAAGCUGUCAAGGAGAGAAUUGGAAAACUGGAAGCAGAGUAUGCAUCGUAUCGCAAUGAUGCUAAAGAACGUCGGCUAGCGGUUGAGGAGAACAUUGUUGCAUCUAGCAAAGACGUCGCUGAAGAAAUACCAAGGCGAAAGAAGGAGCGUGGUGCAUCAGCUUUGCUAUAUGGUCCUCGAGUUAGCAAGGCUAGAUCAAACAAACUGAGAGGAUUCCUGAAGAAGACAUGCAUGCAGAAAGCCGAAUUGGAUCGGGCAGGAUUUGAAUCCAUAUGGGAUGGUGACCCUUUGUCUGCAUUUGAGAUGGAUACUAUCAUCGGCAUAUACCAUAUUUUGCGACCUUUGUUGCGUCAUGUCUACGCUACCAAUUGUUCACUGGCAUCGCAAAUUCCUUUUUGUUACUUGGCCAACAAAAUAUUGAUCGCAACUGGAAACAAAAAGUUGUCAAGAGCUUUAAUUCCGUUCCCUUCAAUCGGUGAUAUUCAUGCAUUGCCCAUUACAGCAACAACUUUACUUGAGAUGGUCGGGGACCUUCUAGAAAAAACCGCUUCCGUUACCAUAGAAAACGCCAAUGAUGACAAGGAAAAGGUGUUAUCAUUUCUCUUCAACAUUGACAAGGUCAAUGAGGCAUGUGAAGCUCGUGGUUUGGUAUCGGCGCAUCGAAUUACGAUGACAGACCAUGGUAUGGCACGUAUUCUUGGUGUUGUCAAGGAUACUUCUCGUCUUGCUCCAACUUACAAGCCAACACCACAAUCCAAGCCGACUCUAUCAUUAUCCAAGCAAGAGAUAGCAAAUGAAAUGAACAAGAUCAAUGACGCCUUGAAGGGACAAUCGAAAGAGAUCGAUGAAAAGAAAGAGGCUUACGCGAGUCUUUUGUCACAGUGGGACAAGAAGCGCAUGGAUCUUGGCAACCAUUUCAAUCCGAAGGAUGACGACUGUGUGCGUGCUCAGAAAGAAGUACGAGAAUUAAAGCAGCAAUUACACGACCAGCAAUACCACAUAUGCCUCCGAGACGAAGAAAUGAGAGUACAAAAAAAGAAGAAAUCAACGCUUAAAACGGCGUUAAAUGCAUCUGCAAAACCCCGUCAAACGAAGAAGGAUGGCGAGAAUGAAAAGGUCGUGUUGACGGCAGGCAACAUGCGGUGCUUAGCCCCCUCCCACACCGUGGAUAUUUCACUAUUACAUGAAGAAGAAAAGCAACUUGGUUUCAUCGGAGUGGAUUAUGGUUUCCAUACCCUGUCUACAUCGGUGCCAAUGUUGGAAGAGCAUGUAUCCGCUCAUUUGGAUCUCAUAUCAUCUGACAAGAAACCUACCACCGAGGAUAGUGCCUUUCAUGCGCUUGUUAAACCAGUCACAACAAACAAUGACACCAUCGCCUAUCAAACUGGAGAGCUGAGACGUCGUCGUCGCCUUGAAACAAGAAAAAAGGAGAAUGCAGAUGUUUUUAAGGCUGAGACUCAACUUGCAAGUGUAUCCAUUUCUACGAUGGUCAAUGAGGAUCAUAUACGACAUGCCAACGAGAUACGGGAAACUCACAAGGAUACACUCAGAGGUUUUUAUCAUGACAAGUACCUGACACGAGAAAAACGUCGGCAAGAAUACAGUGUUCAGAAAUGGAAAGACCGUGUUUUGUCAUUCGAGAGGAAGUGUUUAAAAGAGGCGUUGGUGGAGAAAGCGGAGAAGUCAGGCACAAUAUUAUCAUCAGCAAUCUUCAUGAUCGGUGGUUCCGGGAUGGGAUACGGCUCUACAAUUAAAGGGUUUAUGCGUUAUGGAGGAAAAUGGUUGCGCGUCAAGCAUUCCUACAAUUGGCCAGUACUUGUCGUGGACGAGUACCGAACGUCCCAGGUGUGUGCGUUCUGUGGGUGGCAGAUUCAAAGACCGCGAACGGCAAAUAAGAAGAAGUCGCAAGGUGGUUGUCUUUGCAUCAACCCGAAAUGUGUCUCGUUUUUGGAAGGGCGUGCAUCUUCAGGUCGCGACACGAUGGCAGCUACCAAUAUUGGUGUGAAAGGAGUGGCAUCAACCAAAGGACAAAUCAUCAAUGGUAUGGAGCGCAAUAUUGGCAGCUUUCUGUUAGCUUCGAAAUUGUAG